CAUUGUUUAGGGUUGGAUGGUGUGAAGUGAAAAAUUCCACAGGAGACCCUAAACGAUGAUUUCAAUUCAACAAUCCAUUUCAUAACACUGUGAUCAUACGUCCAGAACGAGGACUUGAUUUUACUUUGUAGCACUACUUAGUAGAAAAUAUUGAGAGGAGGAAGAGAAUCUUUGACAGCACCCUAUAAAUAAAAUCUGUGAAAUAAUGAAGGUAUUUUGAAAAUGUGAAGUAGGGUGUAAUAUUUGUUGAAUUUUUUCAAUAAGUGUUUGGUGAACUUUAUCGAAUUAUAAUAUCGCGUACUACCCUGAAACGUAAUAAAUAUCUAUGGUAUAUUUCGGCUGCGUGUCGUGAUAGCGAUUGACUAGAAGACAAAUUUAUGAUCAGCUGAACAACUAAGUAUUUUUUUAUAUAAUGACGCUGAUUGACGGCAUUGGCGACGAAGUAACCUACUUUUUCGUAGCCAUAUUUUCCUUAAUUGUUGGUUUUCUAGUGAGCAUUGCCUGGUGGUCUACGAAUAUCAGGCAGUUUAGAACUGUUGUACUAUUAGACCGAAGGAGACGCACACCUAUUACUCAUCGGCUUGUUAGACAUUUAUCAAAUCAUAUAGAAACCACAUCCAUAUCAGCAGGUACAUCAUCAAUAAGUGUUGAAGCGGAGAGUAAUAUAACAGCAAAUAAUGAAAACUCUAGUAUUACAUCGGUAUCUACAUCAUCUGCGACACAAGCAAUGGCUAAACCAAAUGAGGAAGAUACAAUUACAACCAAUACACAGGAAUCUGAAGAGCAAAAUAUAAUUGAGACUAUGGAUGCUGGACAAAAUGGAAUUCGGUUUAGGUUCAGAACAAAUUGUGCUGGUCAAAAUCAGGAACAAGGGGAUCAAAAUUAUGAGGAAACUGCGGAAAUACCUAGCGCAUCCUCUUCGGAUAAUGAUACAAACAAAAGUUAUGAAAACCAGGCACAAGUUACUAUUAAACUAAUGUUCAUAAAUGAUGAUGUAAAGACUGUCAAGGGAAAUUUAAGUGAGUCUCUAGGUGAUUUUAGAAGGAAACACUUUCGAGUUGAAUUAGAAUCAAAUAAAAUUGUUAGGUUGAUUUUUAAUGGCCAAAUAUUGAAACAUGAUACUCAGACUCUACAAAGUUAUGGGUUUUUUGAGAAUUGUGUUGUUCAUUGUCUAAUUCACCAAAAACGAUCACAAGAAAAUCAAGACACAUCCCGGAGUAGUUCAAAUAUACAAAAUACUGAAUAUUUUGGGGAGAGAACCUUUGAAGUGCUCACAAAUAGCAACAACAACAAUCAAGGUAUUGAUUGGGAUCUUGGCAAUUUUCUUUUCGCUGUUAUAAGUUUCAUAUUACUGGCUGCAUGGUAUUUCAGAUAUGUUUAUGCCCACCUUUAUACAGUAACAGCAACAGUAGGAUUAAUCCUUAUAACUGGAAUUUUUACCGUUGUAUUGGUAGGAAUGUAUUUUCCCGACACUGAGCAUGUUUCUCUACCAACAAUUCGGAUAGCUCGUUCUGAGAGGAUUGAGCUGCAACAUGCAAAUUGAAUCUAAAAGCAAGCCUUAAACUUGCAUAAAUCUUUUGGAAAUUAUCUAAAUACACUAUGAUCAACAUUUAAAAGUUGUAUUUAUUUUAAUUAUUGUAUAUUAUUUACAUUAUUAAAAUUUACUUUUCGGUGUUAGGUGUUCUAGCCAUAUCAUCAAAGAUUAAUGACACAAUAUUUUAAAUUAGUAUAUAAAACUUUUAAUUCCUUUCCAGUAAAGCAAGGGAAAUAGGUUAAGAUUAGUAAACAUUAAUUUCAUUUAUAAUAAGAACUUAUUUUAAGGAAAUAGAUGUUUUAAAAUACAG